UACAAUCCCAGCAUAGGCGUGUUCUUUCUGUUAGUCCAGACACCACAUCGCUGCCGUCAGAGGUUCCUCCCCUACUCCUGGCACAAUGCCGGAAUCAAGAGACAGACUGUCCAGACCCAAUAACGUUUCGGCGAUGUUUGCUCUUCAACGUCGAAUAAUCGGUGCUCUGGGAAUUCUAGUUGACGAGCCAGAGAUGGGGUUUGAGACUCCGUCUGGGAGGGGUACACAAGGAUCGAUUGGACUGGCGGAUAUUCGUCGUGGUGCUGUUGGAAGGGGUAGUUUCGGAACACCAAGGAUUGGAAAUGGGCGUGGCCGGAGUUUGUCCAGAUCACCGUCGGUGUAUUGUCAAAACACUUUGAUGGUAAAUGGCCGGCGAGACCGAGGACGUUCCACGAACAGUGUGUUACCUUCUUGGUAUCCUAGAGCACCUCUUGGGGACGUCACUACUAUUGUGCGGGCCAUUGAAAGAAGAAGAGCUAGCUUGAGAGAAAUCAAAGGCCAACAAAUUGAGAGACCAAUACCCCAGGACCAAGUAGUUCUUGAUCCUUCUGUAUCUACAUCAGGUGCUCAACUCGAGCACGAUAUUUCUAUGAUCUCUCCAGGUCCUACACUUGGAAUGAAGUGUUGCCCAGUUUCUGUCGGUAAGGUGUCUAAGACAUUGCUUAAUAUCAUUAACCAGGAUGCUGGAGAAUCAAAUUUCCUCACACCCCAAAAAAGGCUCCUGAACUCAAUCGACACAGUUGAGAAAGUUGUGAUGGAGGAAUUAAGGAAACUGAAGAGUACCCCUAGUGCAGAGAAGGCAGGGGGGAAAAAAAGAGUGCGCACAUUAAUGUCAAUGCGUUGAUCUGCACAAUUUUACUUAAAUCUCCACAUCAACGCUUGUUGAGAGGAUAAAGAUUGAGGAUUUUGGAAGAGAUGAUUAUGGACAACUGUCCUGUGUGGUAAGAUUGAUCAUCCUCUGAUGAUAUUUUGUGGUUUCAAGGGAGAAUAAGUAGAUACUUAUGUUUUUUUGUUUACCUGUUAACAUCCAGCUGAAAGUCUUAGAUUAGGAUUAGUAAGCAAUUUUGCUAGUUUUGUUAUCUACUUGAUGUCUGGGCGUAGGGCUAUGUGCAUGUUUGCUCCUUGCUACUGUUAUUUGUUGAAGUUCUUGUGAUAGGAUAGCAGAUAUUUUUUUGAAUUAAUGUACAGAAAGCCCAUAUCUUUGUAUCUGCUUCAUUACUUCAGCAGGCCAUGUAAUAACAUUUUUUCUCAAAUAUA